GGCACGGAGAGGUCGAGGCCGGCAGCGCGGACUCUAGCUUUUGAUUUUCUACGGAAGCUACUAUUUGAGAAGCGGGCAAGACAAGUCUGCUUUUCUCGAGGGGUCAAAGCGGUUGUGUGGCCUAAAGUCGCAGUUACGCCGCUUAUUCAAGCACCGACAUUUCUGAUAAAAAGAUAUCCUUAUCGUUGCUCCUGCUUUCUCCAUGAGUACCGGCAGCCGUACCUGUGAUCCUGGCACUUCAUACUCGAGAAAGAUAUUUUCUGCCCUCUUGCGAACAACUGCUAGCGUAGAAACGCCUCAUUCCAUGCUUCAUGCCGCAGCUUCAGAAUCUCAUAGCAUGCCUCAAAAAAACUUGGAUACAGCUCUAGACAUUGUGGUUCACUACAUCAAGCCUUUGAGCUGUGGUGGCUGUGAAUCGUCCGUAGUAGUGGUUGACCUUGCCAGAAGAUUUGAUGUCCUAGCCUUGGCACAGCAAGUCGACGAGCCCCAUCUGCAAGACAGCCUGUCACGUCUGCACAUUGUGCACUGCCAGUGUCCAGAAGCACUGUUCUGCACAGUGGAGAAGCUCAUGCUCAGUGCUAUGCCUAUUGCGUUGCUUGCUGUGUGUUUAGCCCCCAUGCAUCGAUGGCACAGCCCUCAAGCAAAUAUGCAGCUGGCACACCUUCAAGAGCUGGCCACAGCUCAUGGCGUCAGAUUCUAUGCAAUGGCACCCACUGUGCGUCUUCGGAACAGCCAUUUCGUAUGUGAAUGAAGCAUCCCUGAUUUGUAAAUAAGCGUUCCUAAGGAAACAAAGUGCCCUACUGCAGGUGAAUCUUGUACAUGUUCAGUCUUUGGUUUCAGCUUACGUGCUUGGCCAAAAGCCAGCUGUCAUCAUUGAACAGCUGUACUUCUGGCCAACUGGGAGAGCAGAAAGCAAACAUUCAAAGACAGAAUGUGCACCACUUUUGCUCCUGGACUUGUACUAUAAUCAAAACUGUUAUUCAGGGGGUAAAUAUAAUAAAGGUUUUGCUCUUCUUAAGA